CACAAGUUUUUUGAGUUGAGUGAUUCAUUAUCGAUGGAUUCAAUUAUUUUAUUUCCUGUAACAUCAAAUUUCAAUACAAUAACAUACAGUGCCAUUUAAGACAGUCAAGUGUUAAACCAGUAUGAUAAUAACAAUGUUGUUUUACACGAGUAGGGGCUACAAGUGAUUUGUUCAAUGGAACGAAUAUUGUAAAUUUGUGUUUGUGUAUGGAAAGUGCCUUUCUGUACAAUGCCUUUCGACUUUUUGUGUUGCGUGAGGCCGGGGGUGGAGGAUGUGUGCGAGUUAGACUAUUCCCACCAGUCCUUGACGGACGUUCCCACGGAAGUGUUCGUCUAUGAAAGGACGCUCGAGACUCUACUGUGCAACAGUAACCGAAUCAGUGAGUUGCCGCGCCAACUGUUCAUGUGCCAUGGCCUGAAGCACCUGGACCUCAGUGACAACGAGCUCCAGGCCAUCCCCACGGCCAUCUCGUCCCUGGUCAACCUCCACCACUUCAACAUCAGCCGCAACACGCUCGCCUCGUUACCUGACACCAUGAAAGCCCUGAAGUAUUUAACAUUCUUAGAUUUAUGUGUUAAUCCUUUGGAAAAACUUCCCGAUGCCAUCACAAAUCUGAUUGCCUUGCAAGAAUUAUAUCUAAAUGAUACCUACCUUGAAUACCUACCAGGUAAUUUUGGACGACUUGCUAAUUUACGUAUACUUGAGUUACGAGAUAAUUACUUAAUGAUUUUACCGAAAUCUCUUUCUCGCUCAACAGAACUUCUUAGACUUGAUUUAGGUCAGAAUGAAUUCCAACAAUUUCCUGAAGUGAUUGGAAGAUUUAUAAAGCUGAGAGAACUAUGGAUUGAUAACAACAGUCUGACAAGUAUACCCAGUGUGAUCAAACCUUUGGAGAACUUGAUACAUUUGGAAGCGAGCAAUAAUAUGAUUGAGGAGCUUCCUGUUGAAAUUGGUUACUGUUCAAAAUUAGUAGACAUCAGUUUAUCAGCAAAUGCUCUCACUCAGCUCCCAGACAGCAUCGGACAACUUGGCAACCUGACAACACUAAAGUUGGAUAAUAAUAGGCUGUAUUCUAUUCCAGAGAGUAUAGGGCAGCUCACAAAUCUAGAGGAGCUAAUGCUCAUGUGCAAUUACAUAGAUAAAAUCCCGUCUUCUAUUGGUCUGCUCAGAAAGUUACAAUAUUUCAAUAUUGAUGAUAAUAUGAUUAGAGCAAUACCCCCUGAGAUAGGAAGUUGUUCUAAGUUAUCAGUAUUGUCACUACGAGCGAAUAAAUUGACAAAGGUGCCAUCGGAAAUUGGGCACCUUUCUUCCUUAAAAGUACUAAACUUAGUGAGAAACUCGCUGAGCAGCCUUCCUCAGUCCUUACUGAAUUGUGAUAAUCUUGUUGCCCUUUGGCUGUCUGAGAAUCAAAGCAAACCUCUUGUGCCUAUGCAUUCUGAAGUGGAUCCCCAUACCUAUGAGCAAGUCCUCACUUGUUUCCUCUUUCCCCAAGUGCCUUUGACCCCCAUUGAAAACAAGUUGGAGAAUGACAAAUCUGAAAGUGCUGAUGUUCAGCCUUCUGCACGCCAUAUUAGUUUUGUAGACAUGAAAGUAGCACCUAAGAUACCUGAAAAGCCGGGUCAGUUAAGAAGGGCUCCGACACCCUACCCAAAAGAGUUAAGGGCUCUGGCUAAGCAUGCCAGAAAUAUUCACAAAGAUGGUACACAAGAUGUGUCCCCUCCAAUGCAAAAUGCUGUAUUAAUCAAAGCUGCUAAAAUAACACCUACACUACAGCAGAGAUUUGCAUCAGAUAACAAGAAAGAAAUUGAUGAUGGAAAUAUAAAUAAGGAUAAUACAGAUGGCACUUCUGAUCCUAUGAAGGUUUCUGUCUAUGAUAAUGUUACACCGGAUAACGCAUAUGACAGGCCUUUAGAUCUAGAGAAGACCUAUAAAAGUGUAGAUCAUGCAUUGUAUCCCGACAACAAUGAUGAUGACAAUAACGAUUUUUCAUCUGGUAACCAUUAUAACAUGUCACAAAAAUCACAUUAUGGAAACCAACAUAAUACUGAAAUUUAUUCUUCUAGACAGGAACUUGAUAGGAAUAAUGUUCCUGUACCACAAAAUGUAUAUGCCCAUCCGGAACCUAAGAAUUAUCAUAACAGCAAUGAAAAUAAUUACCAAAGUAAUUUUAAUAGAGUGCACAGUCAAUUACAAAGAUUAAGUUUAACCUCUCAAGAUAGGCGUUCAAAUAAUGAAACCAUAAUAUCAACACAUUAUGAUGACAAUACAUACAACCACAGACCUGUAAUUGAUAAUGCUAAAAAUUUUGAGCCCAUUUACCAUAAAAGAGAACAUCCUAUAACAAAAGGAAAUCAUCAUGAAAGAAUUUAUGAAACUGAGAGCUAUGGUUAUGCUAAUGACAAAAACUUCAGCCAAAGCAAUUACGACUGUUACAGCUAUCACCCUCAUGGCAACGCGCCAAAUCCGCGAGUACACACUAUUAGCCAGGUUGUCAGCUCAACAACUAUGCCUAAUUUGAGUAACUACAGCAGCGCCUAUCCGGGCCCCACUGUCGAAAGCCAUCAUUAUUCUACAUCAUCUCCCAAUGCCAAUAUUUAUGGAAUGUCAACCUCGAGUCCCACUUACGUCCCUACGCAGUCGCCAGAAUUGUAUUCGCCGACAGGGCAUACAAAUACUACUAAUCCAUACAGGAUGACCAACACGCCCCUUAUAUCGGACGACGGUAGUUACAAUCACGUACACGCUCCUUCUACGCCUAACAUGUAUGAUUUGUAUGACGCUAUUCCAAGUCCUUCAAUGGGAGCUCCGUCAAACCCGCCGAGUGUAAUAAGUCAUCGCCACAGUCCAAGCAGUGCCAUGUCUGAGCCGGUGUACGGCAGAGGCCAGCCUCCGCCUUACCAUAUAGUAGCUCCAUACACGAAACACGCUCAAUAUUUCAAUGGAACGGGUGGAUAGUGUUUAAUGAAAGGAAAACAGAAGAUCUUACACAAACCCUGCCCUUAUCAUCAACAAUGAACAAGCGGCAUGUGUUAGUGGUCCGAUGUCUGUUUUCUAGACGUGCAAUUUAAAUGUGAUACCUUCAUAUGUUGAAGUUGAAAAGGAAAUACUGAGGUGCUACAAGAUGGAUGUUAUUGUUGGAAAGUGUCCAAAGGGAUAUUUUUAUGACUGGUUCUUUAGUGCGAUAUAAGUGCUUCAUACAUUUAUCAUGAGCAGUGCCCGGAAACAAAAACCAACCGUUACGUAUUUCGGUAGUGAAAACCCGUAGUUAGAAAACUACAACUUUUUUUUAAGUAUACGCAUUUAAGCAGCCUAGAGUACCAAGGCUGACCUUCGAGCACUGCUCAAAUUUAUCAUCAUGAUUAAAAGUCAUAAAGUUGUGGCAGCUGGCGUAGCUAUUGUCAAUCGAUGCCAAAGUAGUGACUACAGCUACAGUAGAGUAAUUACUUAAUUAAAUUGAGUAGGAUUUAUGGCAUAUGUGUGUAUAUGGCAAACUGUAAAAACGAGCACUCUAGGUGAAAGCGUAGGUACUGGUUUAGUACAUUGGGUAACAACUAUGUUGUUUCAUUAUACUGUUAUGAAUAUGAUGUAAUUGUUAAAUUAAUAAUUAAAUCGAUAAAUAAAGCCUGCACAGAAAGUCGUGAAGCUCAGUUAUAUGUCAGCGUAUCGUACAUAUACAUACCUAUUUAUUUCUACUUACUGACAGCAGAUAGUUAAUUGCAAUGCAAUCUAACGCUUAAUAACUUAUAAUCUAUAAAGUUACAACCUUUAAAAGUUUAACUUUUAUAAUUUAUAUGCCGUGCAUUGUUUUGUAUUAUAUGAUUCAUAUGCCAGUAGGUAUUUACUUCAGUAAGAAAUGCCUAAAAAAACAAAUUCACAUAGUUCAAUUGUUUGAGUUUAAUAAUAAUUUGGUAAUUGUCUUUCAUUCUGUAAUAAAUUGGCUGACAGUCCGUCCGCUUCCCGAAAUUGGGCGAGUGCAUAAACUUUUUAUAAAAAAGUAUUCUGAGCAGGCAUUUCAUAUUUACAUUUUAUCUAUUACAAUGUUGAAAUGAAGGCUUGCACUAAACAUUUUAAAAAUAUUUUUGUAAAAACUGUCUCAUGUGAUAUUGAUGUUUGUAUUGUAUAUAAAACUAACUUCAAAUAUAUAUUUAAUUUUUACUGUGUAUUGGAACUAACUCUUUGCAUUUCAUUACUAUUUUUCUGUAUGUAUAUUUUAUAAGUAUUAAAAAGUUUUGCCGGGUGGCGCGUGGCGUAUCAGGCUCGCAAAUAUCUUGGACAGGGGUUAGAAAACAGCAGGCGUUUUAGUUUAAUCAAAAUAAAUUUCGAUUUGACAGAGACGUGACAUGAAAGUUCCUUAAUAUAUGUCUUUUAUAAAAGACAACUGCGGCCAUGAAAUGAACACGAUAAACGCGCAUUUAAAGAUGACAACUUUUACAGGGCCUAGGUAUAUUUGUAUUUAUAAAACGCUCGCAUUUUUUUAAUUUUUUUCAUAAUAAAAUGUUAAAGGUGCAAUUCCCGAAAAGUUUGUACAUUUG